UCUCCUAAGUUAUUCUACUCUCAUUUAUUGGAAGACGAUGGCAUCAUUGAGAAUUAUUGCAGUGUUCCUAGCAUUACUGGGGAGUUUUGUAAGUUUUGUCAGCUCUAACGCUGUUGAUCAGACGACUACUACUACUACUACUACUAGUGCUACUACUACUACUACUACUACUACAGAUGCAACUUGCGCUGCUUACGGUGAAAAGUGUUUGCCCGGGGGCUUAUCAUGCUGCAACCCAUGUGUCUGUUGUCGAUGUUAAACACUUAGUAGAUCUGGAACUCAAAAUCG